UUACUGAGUACUCCCUUAAUCACAAACAAUCUUUAUAUUUCUUACCAAGCGUUCUCUUCUGAAGUGUCUUAACUAUCAUGGCUUCCAAGUAUGAACAACUAGUCAUGCUAUUAUUUGUAGCAGCUGCAUUGCUGGCAGUGAGUGAUGCUAACAGAAACUUCACUAAUGGGCCUCAAAGUUGGAAUCCUGGCUUCAACUUUACUUCCGGCUGGCCAUGGAAUUCCCCCAACACUCCACAGAAUUACAGCACUCCUCCGGGCUUCAAUUUUACGGCUGGCUGGCCAUGGAAAGGUCCAAAUGUUAGGCAGCGUUCCAGAAGGAUCGUCGUUGGCGACGACCAGAAAUGGCAAUUUGGCUUUAACUACACAAACUGGGCUAUCAAGAACGGCCCCUUUUAUCUCAAUGACACUCUAGUGUUCAAGUAUGAUCCGCCAAGCAAUACUACAUUUCCUCACAGUGUGUAUCUGCUACGAAAUUAUCGUAGUUUUGUGAAUUGCGACCUACGUGGGGCGAAAAAGUUGGCAUCAGUGACACAAGGUGGAGGAACUGGCUUUGAGUUGGUGUUGAAAAACCGGAAGCCUUACUAUCUGGCCUGUGGUGAACGCAAUGGCUUCCAUUGCAAAGUUGGCCUCAUGAAAUUCUCCGUCAUUCCCCUUAUUCGUUGGACUUAAUAAAGAACAGACCUGUCCAUAUAUAUCAACGAUCAAGUAGCGAAGAAGAUUUAUGUGUUGUUUGAGAUUGAAUUGUUAGUUCUUGUCAGGACAAAUAAAUGAAAAGUUAUGUUUGGAGUUCACAGUAUUAAAAUAAAAGUUUGAAAAGUUCCCCUUUA